UUUAUUUUUGUUAGCAUCUAGUAAACAGAGGUACGGGGGUGAGGUACGGGGGUGAGGUACGGGGGUUAGUGGUGGUGUUGAUGGUACGUGCACCAACCCAUCCAAACUCUUGAAAAGAAGUUUAGUGGCGACUAACUAGUAUACCAACACUAUCAUUAACCAACUAUCAUAUAUAUAUCCAUAGAUCAAUCCAUAAAUGAGUACAACCGUUGCAUCAGAAUACUCUGCAGAAAGACAGUCUGUGCCAAUUGAACACAGGUUCAAUCCAUAUAGUGAUAAUGGUGGUACCGUUUUAGGUAUCGCUGGAGAAGAUUUUGCCGUUUUAGCUGGAGAUACUAGACAAGUUGUUGGCUACUCAAUUAAUUCUCGUUAUGAACCAAAAAUAUUUGAUGUUGGUGAUGAUAUAGUUAUGACUGCUAAUGGGUUUGCUGCCGAUGGUUCUGCUUUAAUAGAUCGUUUUAGAAAUCAAUUAAAAUGGUAUAAAUUUGAUAAUAAUAAUAAAAAAUUAUCUUUAAAGAGUGCUGCUAGAUAUAUUCAGCAUUUAUUAUAUGGUAAAAGAUUCUUCCCUUAUUAUGUUAGUACGUUAAUUGCUGGUUUAGAUGAAGAAGGCAAAGGUGCAGUUUAUUCUUAUGAUCCAGUUGGUUCUUAUGAAAGAGAACAAUGUAGAGCUGGUGGUGCUGCUGCUAGUUUAAUUAUGCCCUUUUUAGAUAAUCAAGUGAAUUUUAAAAAUCAAUACAUUCCUGGUACUGAUGGGAAAGAGAAAAAACCUUUAAGAUAUUUAUCUUUAGAUGAAGUUUUGGAGUUGGUUAAAGAUGCUUUUUCUUCUGCUACUGAAAGACAUAUUCAAGUUGGUGAUGGUUUGGAAAUUUACAUUGUUACAAAAGAUGGGGCUAGAGUUGAAUAUUAUCCAUUAAAGAGAGAUUAAUGUAUAAAAA